GGAGCUCUCCUCUUUUCUGCGACCAGCUCCUGCCUUGACAGCCGACACUGGCGCAGAGUCUGAGCGCAAAUCUUUCCCUUAUUUUUCUGGCACAAAGCGACCAUCCACACCCACAGCCUCCACUCAUCCUCUUCCGGAGAAAAGCGCUGGAGCGGCCUCGUCUAGAAUGGGGAACCGAGACGACGAAUACGAUUUCUUGUUCAAAGUUGUGUUAAUUGGAGACUCAGGCGUUGGGAAGAGCAACCUGCUCUCUAGAUUCACACGAAACGAGUUCAAUCUUGAGAGCAAGAGCACCAUUGGGGUGGAGUUUGCCACGCGCAGCAUCCAGGUGGAUGGGAAGACGAUAAAGGCUCAGAUUUGGGAUACCGCAGGACAGGAACGCUACAGAGCCAUUACUUCAGCAUACUACAGAGGAGCAGUGGGGGCGCUGCUAGUGUACGACAUAGCUAAACAUCUGACCUAUGAGAAUGUGGAGCGCUGGCUGAAGGAGCUGAGGGACCAUGCUGACAACAACAUCGUCAUCAUGCUGGUUGGGAACAAAAGCGACCUGCGCCACCUCAGGGCUGUGCCCACAGAUGAAGCACGGGCCUUUGCAGAGAAGAACAAUCUGUCAUUCAUUGAGACCUCAGCUUUGGACUCAACAAACGUGGAAGAAGCCUUCAAGAAUAUUCUUACAGAAAUCUACCGGAUUGUAUCGCAGAAACAGAUUGCUGAGCGAUCUGCCCACGACGAGUCCCCAGGAAACAACGUGGUGGACAUCAGCGUCCCUCCGACCACGGAUGGACAGAGAGGGAGCAAGCUGCAGUGCUGUCAGAACCUGUAACCUCCCAGAAAACCGUCCUGCCUCACCUGGGCCGAUUAUUAAAUGAGAUCCACUAGUGUUGAUGUGCUUUCAAUUAUGCUGGGUGCAAUAAGUCAGAAGCAGCACUUUUUUUUUUUUUUUUUUUUUAAAUCAGUUCCAUUCACAGAUUUCAAGUAGUAAUCUGACCCAGGUAUGGUCAGAAAUCCCCCUGGCCCAAAAACAGGACUGAGGGUAAACACAGAGCAGCUAUCAGUUAGUUAGCACAACAGUGUAGCAGAAUAGCCUCGUCUGAGACCCUGUGUGACUCCACAUCUUUUUGGUAGAAUCAGGCACAAACUAAGGGCCCGGGUUUGAAGUCCUGCCGGUUUCACUUGGAUCAGCAGUCCUGUCUUUGGGCCCCUCUCCUUCAGUAAUCAUCCCAGAAGUGGUUGUGAUGCUACUGACGCUUACUUUGUUUUGUGUAAAAUAAAUUUUGUUUCUGUUUGUUUGGUUUUGAUAGCUUGUCUGCUGACAUACAUUAUAUUAAUGCCAUUGAAUUAAAUUUUACAAU